AUGUGCACUGCUAGAGGAAACUUUGACGAGGUGACAACCAGGUUUUAUUGUGCAUGUGUUGUGGAAGCAUUUGACUAUUUACAUUCUCGAUAUAUCAUUUAUCGAGACUUAAAACCAGAAAAUAUACUUUUGGAUCUAAAGGGAUAUAUUAAGCUGGUGGACUUUGGUUUUGCUAAGAAACUUUACAGAGGUCAUAAGACUUGGACAUUUUGUGGAACCCCUGAAUAUGUAGCUCCAGAAGUCAUACUCAACCGGGGUCAUGACAUCUCUGCAGACUAUUGGUCAUUAGGUGUUUUGAUGUUUGAGUUAUUGACAGGCAUACCACCUUUCAACUGUAUUGAUCCUUUGAAAACAUAUAACAUCAUCCUGAAAGGAAUUGAUGCAAUAGAAUUUCCUCGAACAAUAUCCAGAAAUGCAUCAGCCAUGAUCAAGAAACUGUGCAGAGAUAAUCCUGCUGAGAGAUUAGGCUAUCAAAAAGGUGGGAUUAAAGACAUUCAAAAACAUAA